GGUCUAUGGAGUCCGCGGGGCCGCGCGGGUCGCGGAGGCAGGAGGCGGCGUCCGGCUGGGGGCCCGCGGGCCGCGACGAUGUUGCCGGGCUUGGCCGCCGCCGCCGCGGCCCGCGGCUGUAGCUGGUCGUCCGUGUGCCGGCUCCGUCUGCGCGGCUGCCGCGAACGCCCGGAAUGGCAGAAUUUAGUGACGUUGAGAAGCUCUUCACACGUGAUUUGCUGUGGGCAUCCGUACCUUCGCGCGCUGAGUCCAGUGAAGUCGUACUCCACAAACGUGCAGAAAGAAGGACAGGGGUCGCAGACUCUCAGAGUGGAAAAAGUACCAUCGUUCGAUGAAACAGCAGAAAAUAUAGGCGCUGAACUGAAAGCUCCACUUAUUAAGCAAGAGCCUCUCCAAGUAAGAGUCAAAGCAGUCCUUAAGAAGAGGGAAUAUGGACCAAAGUACACUCAGAAUAAUUUCAUCACUGGAGUCAGAGCAAUAAAUGAGUUCUGCCUUAAAUCCAGUGAUCUAGAACAACUUCGCAAAAUCAGACGACGAAGUCCUCAUGAAGAUACCGAGUCCUUUACUGUAUACUUGAGAUCAGAUGUGGAGGCAAAAUCUUUGGAAGUUUGGGGAAGUCCUGAAGCUCUUGCCAGAGAGAAAAAACUGCGUAAGGAAGCAGAAAUAGAAUACAGAGAAAGGCUAUUUAGAAACCAAAAAAUAUUAAGAGAAUAUAGAGACUUCCUCGGAAACACCAAGCCACGGUCCAGAACGACAUCAGUUUUUUUUAAAGGUCCAGGAAAAGUGGUGAUGGUUGCUAUUUGCAUAAAUGGAUUAAACUGCUUCUUUAAAUUUCUUGCCUGGAUUUAUACGGGUUCAGCAAGUAUGUUCUCUGAAGCUAUACACUCUUUAUCUGAUACUUGUAAUCAGGGUUUAUUAGCAGUGGGCAUCAGUAAGUCUGUUCAAACACCAGAUCCAACUCAUCCGUACGGAUUUUCAAAUAUGCGCUAUAUUGCUUCACUAAUUAGUGGUGUUGGUAUUUUCAUGAUGGGUGCAGGAUUAUCUUGGUACCACGGAAUCAUGGGAUUGCUUAAUCCUCAACCAAUGGAAUCCCUUCUAUGGGCAUAUUGUAUUUUAGCGGGAUCAUUAGCAUCCGAAGGAGCAACACUUCUUGUUGCUGUAAAUGAACUUCGUAGAAGUGCUCGGGCUAAAGGAAUGUCAUUUUAUAAGUAUGUAAUGGAAAGUCGAGAUCCUAGUACAAAUGUUAUAUUGCUGGAGGAUACUGCAGCAGUCUUGGGAGUGACCAUAGCAGCUACCUGUAUGGGCCUUACUUCUAUAACAGGUAAUCCGCUGUAUGACAGCCUAGGUUCUUUGGGUGUGGGCACGUUACUAGGCGUGGUCUCAGCAUUCCUCAUCUACACUAACACAGAAGCACUCUUAGGGCGAUCCAUCCAGCCAGAACAAGUGCAGCGGCUUACUGAACUUCUGGAGAACGACCCAUCAGUAAGGGCAAUUCAUGAUGUUAAAGCCACAGAUCUGGGAUUAGGGAAAGUAAGAUUUAAGGCAGAAGUAGAUUUUGAUGGACGAGUUGUUACAAGAUCAUAUUUGGAGAAACAAGAUUUUGACCAAAUGCUACAGGAAAUUCAAGAAGUGAAAACUCCUGAAGAACUAGAGACCUUCAUGCUUAAACAUGGAGAAAAUAUUAUUGACACUUUAGGAGCUGAAGUAGAUAGACUUGAGAAGGAACUGAAAAAACGAAAUCCCGAAGUUCGACAUGUAGAUUUGGAGAUACUAUAGAUUUGAUGGAAUGAAUCACUUCGAGGAAGCCGUGGAAACAAGUUCGGCGAGCCUGCUCUCCCACACCAAAGGAGUCCAUGCCAUUCAGAAGCGGUGUUUUUUUUAAGAUGGAGGAAAUACUUCAUGUGAAGGGCAGUUCAGUCUACAGAACUAAAUACUACUUCCUGCUUCUAAGAGACAUUACAAGUUGAAUCAAUUGGGAGAUCAUGUUUUUAUGUUUCAAUAGGGAACAUUUUAUUUAACUUGUUCAUAAUUUUUCAUCUUACCCUGUCAGGGUGUCUUGUACUUUGCAAUCAUGUUUCCUGUCUUCACAUUGGUAAAAAUAAUAAUCCAUAAGAUUACGAUUUUUAAUUUAUGAUCACUGCAGAUUUCACUCCAUCAAAACCUGCCAGUCUUGAACAUUCUGGCUAAAUCUUGGUUUCUAAACAGUCAUUCUGUUUUUUUCGUAUAGAAUAUGGAAAUUAUUUCUACAUAAUUGUGCCCUGAGCACUAAGAGGAACCCUCUUCCAACCUAGUUACCCAUAAAUGUUCAUUCCAGAAAUGGCUUACUUACUGCAUUGAAGGAAGACAUGUCAGUUCACUCUUUUAGGUUAUAGUAGUUGCCAUUUUGUCAAAUUUCUUCUCUCUCCUUAGCCUUUUUUCUUUAUUUAGUUUAAUUUUUCCCAUGUAGGAGAUACUGAAUAACCCUAUAUGUUUCCAUAAGCCAAUUUGAUAGCUGCUUUUUUGUUUUUGUUUUUGAACUGGCUUCAGUGCCAUAGUGUGUAUUUACUAGGAGAUAAUGCAUUUAUAAGCAUUUUAACAUCCUGUAAAAUGGGCUAGAAAUAUUUAUAAUUUUACAGACAGGACAGCAUUUUAUUUUUAAUUUAUUUAAAAAGGCACUACUCAUGUAAAUCUGAACUGUGGGAUAUUUCUUCUUUAAGAGAAAGAGAAGUAAAUCUCUUAUGCAGAAACUUUGUGGCCAUGAUUUUGUAUAAUAUCAUAGUCAAUAGCGUGUCUAAUGUGAAUUUCUCGCAGUUAUAAAUGGGCAUUUAACAUAGUAUAUGGCUACACAUGUAAGUGAGUAGCUUUCUAGUGAUCAUAAGGUAUCAAGGUGAAAAAAACAUACAGUUCAAUAAUGGAAAAUUUAGUGCAAAACUACAGCUGUGUCUCCAUUCAUCAAAGCAACUCAUAUGCACUUUAAAUCGUUCGGGGGCAGUGAGCAUUGUCCAGGCGAGUGGUGGCUGGGGGAGGUCUUUGCUCGAUAAGUGUUUGACCUAAAGACUUAACUAAUUUGUAUGAGGUCAGUGUCUUAAAAACUUACUUAGAUUGAAGUUUAUGAAUCACAGCAAAUUGUAAUGCUGGAAGCAAAAAAAUAAACAUUUGACUAAAGGGUUUAUAAUGGUAAUUUUUUGAUCCAGAAAUGCCAUUUAUUGGAAAAUUACAAAAAUUUAUAUUGGGGUACAUUUUUUUACCGUUAUAGAGUACUUUGCAUGUUGUACAUUUUAAGUGAAAUUACAUUCUCAUUUUAUUUUUGAAGAUAUAAAAUUGUUAGGUACACACAUAAUUUGAUCCUGUUAUGGUUUCAAAUUCUUUACCCUUCCUUUGUGUGUUUUUUUUUUUUAAACUGUUUUUUACCCAUUAUACUCCACUCUACUUCUUCUGUCUUCUUCCCUCCCCUUCCCACUUCCCAUUUGUUCGUCUCUGUCACUGCCAUAUGGGAAGGGACCAAAUUGUAUCCAAUUUCCUCCCCGUGAAAUUACUCUGAAAAAUUUCACAUAGCUACACGAGAGGAAUGAACUCAUUUAGAAAAAAAAGAGUUGGUGUGCAGAAGUUACUCUAAGUGGUAGAUUUUUUUUAAGGAUUCCCUAAAAGAAGCCAAUCCUGAUAGUUGAGUGUUUUAAUCUGAUUUUGAUUGAGGUCAUACUUAUUCUUAAGUAACAAUAGAAGGCUUAUGUUUCUGUCUUUUCUUUCCAUUUCUGUUCUGCACUGAUAUUGUAAAGUUCAACAAAAUUUGACAUAAAGAUGUACAGCAGUAUCUAUGAAUUUGAGUAUUUCUGUGGAAUUAGGAAAUGUGAGCUGUCUUCACUCUUUUUUUUUUUUUUUCCUCCUUUUAAACUGGAGUCAAAUUUGAAUUUUAAAACCAGGGAAUUUGAGCCUCUUUCUUUAAAAAUAAGAAAAUAUCUAGUUCAGGUUUUUUAUUUUUAUGUUUUUCCAAAUUAAUGCUUCUCCUUUAAGUCUUGACCUGAUGGAUAUCGCUUGAACAUUUAAGCAUUGUAAUCUUAAUAUUUUUAAGGGAAAUAGCUUCUGAGGUAGAAGAGUUCUGGGGUAGAAGAGUUGCAAAAGUAACGUUGGGCAGUGACAAGGGCGGUCUGGCCCCAUGACUCCUGCGGGCAUCGAGCUGGACUUCAGCUCUGCGGAGGGUGCAGCUCUGCUCAGCUGGAGCCCGGCCCCGAGCUGUCCGAGGGGGCACCUUCUGUGGGCGACAGCAGUUGGCGGGAUGAGGGAUGGAGACCUGUUUCGAAGUGGACCAUCCCAGUGGCCGAUGACACCCAAUUCCAGAGAGGGAGCUUCCUGAAAUGUACUGAAGAUACAGAGGAUUAGACUGGAAAAUUUUCAAGUUUUUCUUUUUUUUUUUUUUUUUCAAAAACAAAGUUAAUCUCUGCAUACAGCCUCCUACCCACACACCAGAUAACCCAGAAUAACAAAAUGGCAUCAGACUCAAAUUCUGGGUUUAUGGUUUUAGUGUUACCUUAAUUAUCUCAUAAUUUGGAAGAUGCUUUUUGCUAAAAUUAUACCAUCUACAGGAAAUGACUUCAGUUUUAAAUCUGAUAACUUUUUGAGGUAGAAAUCAGGGAACUACAGAAAAUCGCAAGGCACUUAGAAUUCAUACUAUCUUUCCUAGAUUGCAUUUGUCAAACCUUGGCGUUUCUUUUAAAUGCAAUGACCCCCCACCCCCACCCCCAAUUUACCAAACUGUCAGAAGUCAGUGAAACAAAGAAUUGAAGGUAAAAUGAUUCAAAGAUCAGUCUCCCCUAAAUCCCUCAUCCCUGUCUGAAAUGGAAAUUUGGGAGGUAUUUAUAUAGAAGAUUGGUCUGGCAGCCUUUAUAUUCGCAUUAAUUUACUAGCAUUCCUAGACUCCGGUUUUAUGGAAAAGAAAGUUUUUCUUUCUAUUCUAUUGUAUUUCAUCUGAUUUGCUGGCUGAUGAAGAUGGUCCUGGUCCUUCAGGAUGCUUUUUCCUUAAUAAACGUCAUCUGUAAGAGCA